AACGGUCGCGCGGAUGAUUCGAGUUUUAUUUGAAUCCGAGUGCAAAGCAGUAUCACGGAAAGACAGGAUUAUGUAGUACAUAAAAUGGCAACUUUAUCACAUCUACCUGGUUUGGCUUCGGAUAAAACCAGAGAGUUAGUGGAGUCUUCCAGCUGUGGUUUGAACAAUAGAAGUUUGCGUGUAGUAGAAAAUGUGAGAAAGAAGGGUGAGACCAACCCUUUUCAGUCUGCGUUGAAUUAUCUUUCAAACGUGCAGGAAGGCACAGUUGUAAGAGGCAAUGAUGAACUGGAAAGGAACUUGGUUGUGGUGGAGACUGUUGCUCUCUGCCAUGGUCUUCCACCAGAUGCUAUCUCGUUGCUUCUGGACUUGGCACUAAGUCUCCGUGCAGGUGGUGUGACGUGUAUGCGGAUUUUGAAGUUUUUGAUACCUGCUUCGGUUGUGCCUCAGGAGGCUAUUGUACGAUCUGUGUCAUGGUUGUGUGUGGGGAAACUGACAAUUAAUGCCCAGGUCCUUUUUCUCCGCUGGGUUCUUACUGUUUUUGACCUUAUUGACUGCAAAGACCAACUGAGAUCUGUCUACGGCUUUAUUUUCAGCUUUGUGACUGAAGAAAACCUGUGUCCUUUCAUUUGCCACUUGUUGUACCUUUUAACAAUGAAGGAGCAUGUGCAGCCAUACAGAGUGAGAAAACUGAUGGAUAUUCAGGCCAAAAUGGGCACGCAGCCUUUCCUCAUGCAGCUGCUUGCUGUGUACAAAGUCUUUCGGCCAGAGCUGGUGACACACACACUGCCGUCAAGAAUGAAGACUGGCUUCAAGAACUACAGUUCCACUUGGAAAGCAGCUCUGAGUGCUGUCCAGAAGGGGAACAUGGCUGAAGUUAUAGCUCAUCCUAGUCUCAGUGUGGCGCUGAAAAGCAAAUCCACUUCUAGAAAAAGGAAACUGCAUUGUCUGGAGGUUCCUGGUUUGAGCUCAGCAUUUCACACCAGCUCUGUGAGGAAAGUUUUCCGUCUACAGGAACUGCGAUCUUUCACCCAGCUUCUGCAAAAUAUUCACAACAUAGAGCUACCAGCCCAAAUGGGCUCUUUGCUUGGAUCCUCUUUAGCCCUGCACUACCUGGACUGUGUACAGGAUAAGUCUGCAUUCCUGCGCCUUAACUUCUGGCUUGGGCACUCCCUUCAAGAGGAGUUUCUGCUAUGUCCUGAAGAUGGGGGCUCAAACAGCCUUUCUGAGGCUUCUGCAUUCCUGAGUACUAUCCUCUCCUCACAACAGUUUCUCCAGGAGGGUUUCUUCAGCACAGAGAGUUUUCUCUACAAGUUCCUGAGUGUGUGGGAUGGCUCACUUCUGUGCUCCCAGAUUUUGGAUCUUCUCAGUCAUAUCCCCCUGAUGUCUAGCCAUUCUAUCAAAAUGCUAGUCUUUGAACCACUGAUUCAACUCUACUUCACCUCUAAUGUGUUCUUUAAGUGCAGCGUCAUUGAGUGUCUGAACAGUAUGCUGCUUAAAUGGCUGACCUGGCAUUCUGUCAACCCUCUCAUGGAAUGCCUAGACAUCAGUGUCAACAGCACAGUAACUUUGACCCUGCCCGGGUUUAUAGAUACAGUUACAGAGAUUGUGAGCUUUGUGGGAGGCCUGGCUACUGAGGGACUGCGUCUGGAGAAUGGCCACAUCCUACUCCUCAACCAUUCACUCAGCUUCUACGAGACAGUGUGCGAUAUGUUGGUAAAGUAUGACUUGCCUGUAGUCAUCAUGCCCCCAGCUGGUGUUUUUUAUCCGGCUCUCUUUGCCACAGACUCACUCACUGUGGAUCGAUUGGGUUAUGUUAUGUACAGAUACCGGAAAAAUCUGUCCUUGGCAAAAAAACAGGAGCAACCAAAUGAGAAAACAUUUCACAUAAGCAGAACAACAUACCAAGAUUUCAAUAAGCAACUUCUGGCCAUGGUGAGCUGUCUGUGGAACUCUAAAUCAUUCUUGCCUGGCACAACCAGUGAGAUUGAUGAACACCUGCUUAUCCAGAGCAAGGUACCCAAGUACUGGACCUGCUUUGAUCUUAUUUACCAUCCAGCCUUCUUCAAGUAUGCCAUUGAGUUUCACCAGAAGUGCUGGCCAGAGAGGGUGUGUGUGGACCUGGCCAACAUUAAGGUUGGAAGAUACUGGAGCUGGUAUAUGGAGUUUCUUUUCUGCCAGGGCUUUGAUGGCCUAAAUGACUUCAUCCAGGUCAACACAGGACAGAGCAGCUCCUCCAGCUCUACUUAGCUGUGAGUCAAGGACAAUGGCUUGUACAAUGCUGUACAGUCAAUGGCUUGUGAAUCAUGUCUUACCUGGGAAACUGCAGAGACGAUGAUUGUGUUUGAAAGGUUAUGUGCAUAUUUUAUGGCCUUUUCUAGGAGGACAUGUGGAGGAAACCACAGUGGAACUGUAUAUAAUUUCUGUUGUGUAGGUCUGAGAGUUUGUAACUGAAUAUUUGGUUUUGCUCUUUGUCCUUUUUGCAAUCUGUAGCUUAUGAUUAUUUUUAUGUAUGUUUUUAUGUAAUCUCUGAAAGAUUGUAGUGCUUAAUGAACUCUGUCCUUUCAUUUGACCAUACCAAGCUAUAACUUAUGCUAUGUGAGCAAUGAAUUAUGGUUAAGUUUUUGGGAACUGCUGUAUUUUCUUCCUUGCAAAUGUAAUGCAGUUCUACAGGUGUAAAACCUUAGCUCUUUGUUAAUGGACAUCAAACGAUCUUUCAUUCCCAUUAAAAUCCAUGCACACAGUCAA